CCCCCGCCCCCUGGCCGCCUCGACAGCUCCUGGCUUCGGCAUCGUAACCGGCAACCUGCGCGAAACGUCCGUUGUCCAUGUCUCGUGCAUAGCCUACCCCCGUCGCGCAACCCCCAGAGACGGAAGCCGUUCCGCCAUGGUGUGCGCGACCCCGGUGGAUGCCUCGGCUGCGAUCAGGGCGCCACCCGAGCCAGAUGGCACCGCGCCGCGGAACGCCCUCCGCUAGCUCUUAAGUGCCCAUGGGGAAGCCACCGGUACAUAUGGGUGUGUGUGUGCUCGAGCAGGAAGGCGCCCGCCAUGUCAGUCCAGACUCUGCGAGUUCCCCGUCUCGAGACCUGAUACGGGGCCACGAUGGAGUCCUCCGGCGCAGACAAGGGCUUCUUCCAGAAGAAACCGGUUCUUCCGAACCAGUUCUACGACGAUGCUUCGUACCAGCGGUGCUUCAAGUUCUUCCUGCCCGCGCCUGUGAGGGACAAGAGCGAGGCAGACGUGGCCGCCUUGGGCCAUGAUGUCCUCACCGACCAGAUUUUUGCCUGGAUCACCGAUGCUGAACGUAAUCAACCAUAUGUUCGAGGCAGCGGCCGCGAUGUUUUCGGCCAGCGCGCCGGCGAACUGAUCUGCACCGAGGGAUGGAGGGAACUCCAGAACUUUGGUAUCGCCAAGGGGUUGAUUGCUACGGGCUACGACGCGCCCUACGGAGCCUCUGCACGCCCUCUUCAGUUCCUCCGCUCCCAUCUCUGGAUUGCCUCUUGUGCCAACGUUGGCUGCCCGUCGGCCAUGCAGGACGGGGCCGCGUGCCUACUUAAGAAGCACCUCUCGAACCCAAAGCUCUCCGCCCAGCUCUCGUCUGAGCAGCGAAGAGUCUUCGAGGACGCCUACAGCCGACUUACAUCCCGCGACCCUGCCGUUGCGUGGACCAGUGGCCAGUGGAUGACCGAGCGGCCCGGAGGCAGCGACGUCUCCCGAACCGAGACGACCGCCGUCCGCCAGCCCGGCAAUGUCGGCCUUGCGUCCAAGCAGCAGCAGCUGCCGCUCGGACCGUGGAGCAUCAAUGGAUUCAAGUGGUUCUCCAGCGCAACCGACUCGCGCAUGACGGUCCUGCUCGCGCAGACCCAAAACGGGCUGUCCGCCUUCAUGGCCCCUAUGCGGAAGCACGACCCUACGGCCACAACCAUGACCGGUCAGCCGCUCACCGAUGGCGAGUGCCUUAACGGAGUGCAAAUUUCGCGCCUCAAGAGCAAGUUUGGCACACAGUCGCUGCCUACCGCAGAGCUUGUGCUCGAGGACAUGCGCGGCUGGCUCGUCGGGCAAGAGGGCCGAGGCAUCCACGAGAUUACCGCCAUUCUCAAUUUGACGAGGAUUCACUCAGCCAUCAGUGCUGUAGGCAGCAUCGGUCGCGGACUGGGUGUGGCGAGAGCCUACACACUUGUGCGCGAGAUUGGGGCCGGAAAGGGGGCACGCAUUAGGCUGGUUCAGAGCCCCUUGCACAUGCGAACACUGGCCAAGAUGACGGCAGAGUAUCACGGCCUGAUGCUCCUCAGCUUCUUCGCGUCGUACACCCUGGGGAUCACAGAGCACCCGGGUGACAAGCCCGCCACGCCUGCACUCGCGGCCCUCACGCCCGACGCCAGGCUGGCCGAGCCGCUGCUGCGUGUCCUGACACAGCUCACAAAGGCCUACGUCUGCAAGGCCUCCAUUCCGCUAAUGUUUGCCUGCAUGGAGGCCCUCGGCGGCGUGGGCUACCUUUGGAACGCAGAGGCCGAGUACAUGAACCUCGGCCGCGUGUUCCGCGAUAUGAGCGUUGGGGCUAUCUGGGAGGGCACAACGGACGUGCUAUGCACCGACUUCGUCAGGGCGGUCAAGCACCCUAAGGGCGGUAGCGACUCUCUGGCGGCUCUGGAGGAGGUCAUUAAGAAGGGGAGCGCGUUUCAGGGUAAGCUUCCCAAGCCGAGCGAUUGGGAUCCCGUGUCGCAGUGGAACAGGCUCAAGGGCCGGUUCGGCGAGUCGCAGGCAGAUCUCAUGGGUGAGGGUAGAGAGCUUCUCUGGGGCGUGGCCGACAUUCUGGUAUCGGUGCUACUGUACGUAGAUGCCGCCACGGAUGGCAACGCCGCCACUGCGGACAUCCUGCAUCGCUUCCUGGAGAGCAAGUUUGGCGUGGUACGGACGCGGGGCAGCCCCAAGGAGGAGCUGGAGAAGGAUUUGGCCAUCGUAUAUGGUACGGAGGGGGCUACAGCAAAGCUGUGAUUUGCGUCCAUCUUCAAGGCAUAGCAUAUCUGCGGACCACAACUUCAUCCCAUAAGAGCCUUAUUCCCUCUCUUCGUCCCCG